UAGGUUUGCCAAAUUAGCUACCCAAAACCGGCUCUAAAAAAAAACAACAAAAAAAAACCUCUCUUCCCUUUCUCUCUCUUAAAAUCUCUUUUAGAAUCUAGUUUCUCUCUCUACUGCAACAAACCAUAAAUGGCGGCAACAUCUAGAAGAUCCUCAACCGGUCCAGUGACCCGCUCACUCUCACCACUACCUUCGUCUUCUUCGUCAACAGCUUUUGCUUAUUCAAGCUCCAGCUUUGCUUCUCGUUCGUCCAAUUUAUUUUCCCCUAGCCAAUGCAUUCACCACCACUACCAGAGAUCCACAUCUCCGCCGCGUGUUCACUUACGUGGCUCCACCACCGCCGCUACUCGCUCUGCUCCCUCGGUACGUUUCUCUUUUGACCGUCCGAUCUCUCCUAACCGCUCCAUAACAUCGUCGGUCAAUACACACCCACGCGCUCAGCAGGUGGUCAGAAAACCUGCUAAAAAGACCUGCAUGUGCUCGCCUACUAAUCAUCCUGGCUCCUUCCGCUGCAGCCUCCAUAAAAACUUCGGCAACGGCAACAUUACUCAAAGCGCUGGCUACUCUUCCUCUAAUACGCGCCUAAACGCGCGUAGAUCAGCCAUGACUAACUCCUUGGUCAGGAUCUGUGGUGUGGAAGGUGAUUUGGUGAAAAGAGCUUUAUCAGCGCUGAUUCGUCCUUCUUCUCACCAGCAAAGGCGACGCGCCGGUUUCCAGACUCGUCCGAGUCGGCUCUCUGUCAUGUCGAAAGCCGAGGAGUUGUCAUAAUAGGAGUUUGUGGUUCUAUUCGUGAUUUGAUUCAUCCGUUUAGCCGUUCGUCGUAUACGUAUGGGUUCGGUCCGUUCCGUCCAGUUCUGUUCCGUUGAAGGUGAGUAUAUAUUUUUUUUAUUUUUUUAUUUGUGUUGUUAUUAUUAUUAUUUUCCUUUUUGCGCAGGUAUUACUAUAGGAAAUUACUGAAGGUGAAAAAGUAAAACUGGGAAUUAACCGCAGCUACUUGGAAAAUGGGAGUGUUAAGGGAAAUGAAAGGACGAAAAUGAAACGUAAUGAAAAUUAAAACUGAUAAUUGAAAAGAUUAAAAGUCAAUAAGGUAAGAUUAGAAAUUCUGAUUGAAAAGAACCAAAAUAAUAAAUAAUAUAAACAACAGCUAAGAAAGAGAGAGGGAGAGUGGAAACUUCGGAAUUGGAAAAAUAGACAAGUAGUUGAAUGUUGAUGCCUUCACACGGAUUAACUUUGGACAAUUGGCCUACUUGAUUAAGAAAGAAAGGAGGAAGACGGAUUUUACAUAAUCACAACUUUCCAAUAUAAUUUAAAUUAAUACUAUACUAUACCAAUUCAAUAAAAUGAACUUAACUCUUAUUUAUUUAAUUUGAUUACCAAGAAGCCACCAAACCCAUCAAUUCAAUUUAAUUUUAUCAAUUUUGGUUGUUUGAUUCAGUCAGUUUAGUUAUGAUCAAAUAGAAUAUUCAUAUUAGGAGAAAUAAACUUAUAUAGAAAUCAAUAGUGAAAUGGUACGUUAUGCUCCAACUAAAAUAAAUAUUUUGAAAUAAUUGUUUGCAUUUUUGGUUAGUCCAAAUUAAAUUAAUCUCAAGAUGGUAUAGACAGGCUGGCAUAAUUAUGAAUAGCAGGUGGAUUAUCAGUGUUACUGUUUUGUAAAGCCACGUAGCAGACAUAAUUGUUUACUGAUGCAUAAACAAAACUGUACCAAACAGCUAAUCCCUAAUUCAGUGCUUAUAAUUCAAUUUGGUCUGCCUAUUCUCAUCAUCUAGGUACUGCCUCUCUUUAGACUUUUCUUAAUCAUGCCCUUUUAUUUGGUUAAUUUAAUCAUCCUUGAAAUGUUUAUUUAAUAUUUUAAUCUGUACAUUGUAUAAUUUCUUUAAUAAAUGAAAUAUAUUUUUAGUUUUA